UGAUGACAUGAUCUGAAGCUCCGCCCCAUGAACUUUGGAAAGAUUUUUAUUUGUGUGCAGUGAUCAGUCAGAGGUUCCUCCUUCUCUUCUCGGCCACAGACUGAACAUCACACAGAUAUGUUUGACAUCUGGAUCAUGCUGUUUCUCCUCCUGUCAGGGGGGAGGGCGUUCAUGAUCCACAACACCCAGCGCAGCCUGUGUCUGGAAGACUCUGCAGCUACAGGUGAAGUCCUGCUGAAAGGGUGCAACCUGGACUCUGUGUAUCAACAGUGGGUCUGGAUCACUCAGGGCAAGCUGAUGUGUGUCGCAACAUCCAGAUGUUUGUCGGCCCAGCAGACGGAGCCGGUCCGGACCUUGUCCUGCCAGGAGCCGGAGGGUGGUGCUUCAAGGUUACUGUGGGACUGUGACAGGGACAGACUGAUCAGCAGGAACACGUCAAUGCUGCUGUCAGUAGAUGGCCAACGUGUGAUUCUGACUUACAACAGCAAACAGUCCAAGUGGAGAUCUCUGGACGAGGGGGACAUCUGCCAGGAAAAACUCAGACUCAGGAGGGCGUCUGAUGAUGCAGAUGAGUUUCAGGAUGAAGAGGAGCAGGUCGGUGAGAGUGCAGCCAUGACAGAGGAACAGAGACAGUAUCUGCGCUGGUACUAUCGCACAGAGGAUUCAACCACAUGGAAGUUUGUGCUGCUGGGACUGGCCUUUGUCUGCCUGUUGGUUGGUUUUCUGCUACUGGGAAUGGGAGCCAUGGCCAACAAGAACAGAAAGAAGAUAGCUCAGUACAAAGCAGCAGCAUCUCUGGUUAAGAAGAGUGGAGAUGAGGAGCUGCAGAUCAUCUCACCACUCAGAGACGACUGCAGAAGCAAACCAUCAACUCCAUCAUCAUCCUCUCCUGACAGGCUACUGAACGGAAACGGAGAGGUGAACGAACUCAGAGCAGGAAACAUCCUGGUCACAUGGAAAGAUGGCAACACCUCUUGCCUGUACUCAGAUCCUGCACCACAGGUGGAGCAACAGGAAGAGGAACAGGAAGAGGAACAGGAAGAGGAGCAGGUGGAGGAACAGGUGGAGGAGCAGGUGGAGGAGCAGGUGGAGAAAGACGUAGUGGUGUCAGCUGCUGAGCUGUCAUCUCAUGAAGUAAAGACAAUAGAGUGAAGGGUUCACAUUACAGUGAAUAACCUCAGAAUGAUUCUCCUCCAGAGGAGUUCAUAUGACGUGACCCUGUGUUACAUCUGUAAAACAACAUGUUUGACAGUCUGAAAACUUUACCUCCACCUUCACUGCCAGCUUCUAGAGAUGAAAAACAAAUAUUCAGGCAGAAUGUUAGAUAUGUGUGAUUAUUCACUCAAAUGCUCAGAUCAGACUUUGUUCAUUAUAUUGAGAAAUAUACUGAUUUGCUUUCAUUGAAACAGUUCACACUGAUACCACUCUCAUGUCUUAAUGGUAAAUAUGAAGCUACAGCUAAGAGACAGCUAGCAUAGCUUAGCAUAAAGACUGUUAACCUGGCUCUGCCAGCCAAUAGCUGAUUAACACCUGUACCUUGUU